AUGUUAUCGGUUACUUCUUCUCUAUUUCUCUCUCUCAAAAGCGCAUAACCUUCCAGUUUCACUUUCUUUUCCUACACAACUACGUUUUCUCUAGAUCUAACUACUUCUAUUGCCAACAAUUGCUUCUUCUUUAUUUUGCUUCAAUCUAGCUCCCAAAUCAGCACUGUGAUAGGUCCUUCCCUUUUAUCUCUAUGCCAUUCCCCCAGUUGGGAAGGGUGUACUGGAAUCAGAGUGUAGCUGCAGGGUGCAGAAAUAUUAGUAGUGUUGCAAACCUGUUGGCUUUUUCAGGAUGGGCAAAUGCAAGGGUUGUGGGAAGUUGGGAAGAAUGGGAGCAAGGGAUGGGUCUAUGAGUGCUUAUGAAUUUUCUUUGAUGUUGUCUCCUGUUGUUUCUUUUUGGGAUUGUAUAGUUCGCAAAAUGAGGUAUUCCUACAGACCUGAGUGGGUGUAGUGGUUGGAACGCAUUGUUAGUACUAGUCUUGAUACUUUUAACUUAUUAGAAUAUAUUAGCAUAACAACUUAGGGAAAAAGGGAAUAGUUAUAAAAAUAAAUAUGUAUACGGCUCUAAAGAAUUUCUAUUGAAGGAUAGGAUUUCAGAAAGUUAUUUUAAGUAUUUAUAUAGGUAGUAAGUUCUAUGGAUAACAUGGCAUACAAUAAAGGGCAAAACAUGAGAAAGGCAAAGAAGAAGCAGGUGAAAGACGAGUUGGAUCGUCUUAAACAGGCUGAGAAGAAAAAGAGGCGCUUGGAAAAAGCUCUAGCUACUUCUGCUGCCAUCAUUUCUGAACUGGAAAAAAAGAAACAGAAGAAGAAGGAAGAACAACAGAGACUUGAUGAAGAGGGUGCUGCAAUUGCUGAAGCCGUAGCUCUGCACGUUCUACUUGGUGAAGACUCGGAUGAUUCUUGUAAGGUUGUUAUCAAUGACAGUGGAUGCAAGACCUGGAAUUAUAAUCAUAAGCUUGAUCUCUUCAUGGGUGGAAGAAGAGCUUGCAUUCCGCAUCUAGAGGGGGGCACAUGGUCGGUCUCCACUGAAAAUGGCAAGUGGUCUUUCUCAUCUGGAGCUCUUGAAAAGAGUGUGUAUGAACCCUUGUAUGAAGAAGCAGGAUGGGGUCCUGUGGGAUUCUCUGUUGAUCUUAUAGCAGCACAAACAGUUAGAUCACUCCAGAUUGCAGAGAAUGCAGAUGAAGAUAGGAUUCUCUUUUAAUGGAAUGCUGAAAUUAUAGUUAAUGGUGUGUCUUUGGUGGUGGUGGAUGAUGAAGUCUUGCUCGUGUUACUGGAGGUUGUCUUCUGUACAUUAUUAUAUGAUAUGUGCUUGUCAACCGCACUCUGCUUCUGUUGUGGUUGAACAAUGUUGCUGUGUCACCAUAUUUUGUUCUGAUUUGCAUUAACUGUAUUAUGCAAGGCUGCUAAUUUCCUUUGUGGAGUGACUUUCAUACUCUAGUGUUGUAGAGAUUUAUAAUUUUUGAGUUGAUUACCAAUAAUAUAAAUGCAAGAGUGGACGCUUAAUUUAAAUAGUU